UGUGAAUAAAUAGCGAGACUUGAGCUCUUCGGAAGCUGCGGUUGAGAGUCUUGAAUAUUGCAAACAUGGUACCUACACACAUCGAAUCUGAAGAGGUGUAUGAUUACAUUGUCUGUGGUGGAGGAACGUCAGGCUGUGUGAUCGCCGGUCGCCUGGCCGAAGACCUCAACGCAACCGUACUCGUCCUCGAAGCCGGCCCUGACAAUGCAGACCUUGAGAAUGUCCACAUGGCGGGCGGGUGGAGUAAGAACUUUGACUCUGACCUUGACUGGAAUAUUGUCACAGAGCCCAUGACAGCUGUUGAUGGACGACAAGUGAAAUGCAGUCGAGGUCGCUUCCUUGGAGGCUCCAGUGGCGUGAAUGGGACGUUGUGUAUUAGAGGGAUAAAGCAAGAUUAUGAUGAUUGGGAGCUGAAAGAGUGGACAGGAGAUAAGAUGUUUGGAUAUAUGGCUAAGUCGGAGACCUUCCACGGCAAAGACUGGUUUAAAGCCGAACCUAGUGUCCACGGUUCCUCCGGUCCUCUCCACAUUGAACCCCACGAUCUCGCACCUAUCUCCGAGCUUGUCAGAGACUCAAUGGUGGACCAAGGACUCCCCUACCACCCAGAUAUGUUUUCUACCGGCGAGACACCGCACGGUUGUGGAGACGUUCCCCGCACAGUCCACAAGGGCAUUCGAUCAACGGCAGCGGAUUUUAUUACUAAGGGAUAUAGACGAGAGAACAUUACCAUUAAGACAGAUGUUACAGUUGAUAAAGUCACUCUGUCAAAGUCCUCUAGCGAUCUUACAGUAACGGGUGUUCUUGCUAUCUCCAAAGAUGGAACGCAGACAGAGUAUCGAGCGCGGAAGGAAGUCAUCAUCAGUGCGGGCGCAUACUGCAGUCCUGCAAUCCUUAUGCGCUCUGGCCUUGGGCCGAAGGAUGAGCUUGCCAAACACGGAAUCGAGACCCAAGUGGAUCUCCCAGGGGUUGGCAAAAAUUUAAUGGACCAUGUGCUCUGCUUCAUCUUCUACGAAGUCCUCAAACCCGGUCUCACAAACGACCACCUGGCCUACCACGACAACGCCAUCGCCUCAACCUACCAACUCUACCAGGAGACGAAAUCUGGCAUUCUCUCCACCUUCCCCUUCGGCAUAUUCGGUUUUGCUCGCCUUGAUGAACGCCUCAAAGAUGUUCCCCUAUGGCGCGAUGCUCCUCGCGCCCCCGGCCGCGACCCUAUGGGUCUCACCCCGUCCCAACCCAACAUUGAGUUCUGGAAUACGGAGCUAUACGGAGGGCCGAAGCAAUUCACUGAUUUCCCAGUAGACCAUAAACACGCGUUCGCAUUGUGCACGCUACUCUUCAACCAGCAUUCCCGCGGGAGCGUGACAUUGCGGUCAAAAAACCCACUCGAACUGCCUGUUGUCGAUCAUAACUAUCUCGCGGAUCCGCUAGAUAUGUUGGUUAUGACGGAAGCGUGCCGAUUUGCCAAUGAGAUUGUGAUGAAAGGAAAAGCGACGAGGGAUGUAGUGAAGGGGAGUUGGCCGAGUGAUUUGACGCAUCAUGCGUUUACUAAGAGGGAGGACUGGGAGCCGUAUGUUAAGCAGCAGGCUACCACUUGCUACCAUGCUUCAGGAACAUGUGCGAUGGGGAAACUGGAUAACCCGAAUACUGUGCUAGACUCGAGGCUCAACGUCAAGGGCGUCAAGAACCUAAGAGUGGCGGAUAUGUCUUCCAUUCCUACGGUCAACAAUGGACACACGCAGAUGGUGGCGUAUGGAAUCGGCGAAGGCGCUGCGGAGAUCAUCAAGGAGGACGCUAAGACGAAGGCGUGAGUGAUG